CUGCGGUCACGUGACUUUUGGUUGGGAGCCACCAUUUUGGCAGUCAACAUGACCACCGGUGCCAGUGUUUUCUUACCGAGCGAGUAUACUUCUCAUUUUAAUUCAAGUGAAAUUCGGCUUUAUAGUACAAAAUUAGAGAGAUUAAAUAUAAGCGACCCAUAUAAUUCACCCGGUGUGCUUUUCAAGAGCAUAACCUCCUGCUCUGAAGACGAUGUACCCGACUUGCGCUACGCAGACAUCCACAGCUAUCUUGUAAGCUUUCCAUCAGUGUACUCAGGAGACUCCCUCAGAGCGUACAAAAGCUUGGAGGCUUACAAAUGGUGUCAGUCCGGCUUCGUAAACAACAUUCAACUGUGGAGUCUUACAUCCAAAAACUUCGGCAUCAUCACUGCAAGGGUUAAUCACUCCCAAAGGCUUAAUGAAAGUCAACUAAAGCCAUGGGUGGUGGUGAGGAACGACGGUGUUGUGCUGGGAGCCCACUGCAACUGCACAGCGGGACUCGGGGAGAGCUGCUCUCAUGUGUCAGCUGUUCUCUUCAGUCUGUGGGGAAAAAACAACGCAAGGCACGAGGAGAUCAGCUGCACAUCCAAAAAAUGCAAGUGGGCCUCUCCCAGUGAGGAUGCUGCGAAGAAUGUGGAGUACCUGCAGGGCAAGGACAUCAUAUUCAACCAUACUCAACAAAAUAAAAAGGGGAAUUCCACCAAGGGUACCUCUGCGCCCCCAUCUUUCCCACCCCUGACUGCUGCUGAGCAAACACAGUUCUACCAAAAUCUCUCACAGUGCCGGACUCAAGAUGGGAAGUCCUGCAGACCUGCAGUCCUGUCAGUUGUUCGCGGGUACGCCACAUCCUAUGUACCCAAGGCUGUCAAGCUAGAUUUACCUGAACCCCUUACCAGUCUGUAUGACAAGAAGGCAAGAGACCUGAACCUGGCUGAAUUACAAGAGCGUGCAGAAGGAAUAUUUGAGGACUUGACUGUCACUGAAGAACAGGUACAUAACAUAUUCUGUUUACUAAUGACUGAAAUCUAAGAUCUACCAUGUUAUGUGCACGUGUACUGUGUGUGCGCUAUCUUGCAAUGUAAAUGAGAAACUGUUUGGAUUGCCAUGUUUUCAGAGUGAUAUUGUAGAGGAGGAGACCCAAGCACAGUCCAAGUCCAGAAUUUGGUUUGAUCAAAGGAGUGGUAGGGUGACAGGAUCUACCUUCAGAGCAGCAACAAGAACAGACCUCAGAAAGCCAGCCGUGUCUCUCAUAAGACAGAUAUGUGACCCAAAGUCCCAUGUUUUCAGCAGUGAGGCUACCAGGUAUUCAUGGGCAGAGAAUUCCAGCCAAUGUCAACAUGCAGUUGAACAUCCUAACAUACUCCAAAUAGCAUCCCAAAAGUUUCUGCCUUGUUGUAAGGUGUCAGCUGAUGUUCAUCAUCCCAAAAGUAAUGGGCAUAUGCAUUUGAUUACUUAUUGUAUGAAACAUUGUGACAUGUGCAUCAGCAGACACCUUACAAUACAGCUGUAUCAUGUGGGAUGAUAUAUGCCACAUCUUCAGGAAGGUACUGACAAGUCAAGGGUAGUGUGUGUGAGCAUUACAACUGCAUGUUGAAAUCAGCUGGAAUUUCCCUGUAAACUAAAAUAGGGUGUGCAGUGUGUAAUCUCUUCUAUGUAUGUGUUAACUUACUUACGUACAACAUAUGGUGUACAAGAAAAUUAGUGUGAGGUGAAUGAACAGAGAGGGUAAAUGCAGUAAGUACUAGGCUAUUCUUUAAAAAGAAGUGUAAAACCAAGUACAGCAUUAAACAUUUGUAAAGGGCAGGGAGGUAGCAAUGUGGGGUGGCAUUACUAUUGUCCAAAACUCAUAUUUCCAUUGUUUCUUCAGAUGGGGAUGCAAUAAUGAAGAACUGGCCAGAAAAUACUACGAAAUGCAGCAUCGCCUAUCACACACAGACGUCCUGGUGCGACCAGCCGGAUUUAGAAUUUCACCUCU